CGCACGGAUGUCCGUUACUGCCAGGCGGUACGCGCACGCCAAGGGAGGCAAGCGUGGAGAGGGCGAGCGCGCGGGGGAAAUCGCGGUCCUGAGGUAACUCCGGGCACGAGGCGGUUAUCUGUUUCUUUUCGGCCUGAACGGAAGGUGCAAGCGCCAUUGUAACUACAUCGAGCUCAGCGAGAGAAAGCAAGAGGGCUUCCACUUUAGCUCUGUCUCUGAGAGAAACGACCGCGGCGUCAGGUUCGACAUCUUCUAGGCCGCUGUGGGCGGGGCUUAUUCGGACUUAGCCGGCCCACUCGGGCCCCGCGCAUUUUCAGGAUGUCGGCACAGGCUCAGAUGCGCGCGAUGCUGGACCAACUCAUGGGCACCUCCCGGGACGGUUCAAUGUAUCUAUGCCUGCCUACUUCAUUCUGCAAGGGAGUGUCAGAAAGGCCCCGCAUUCGCCGAGCCGGGAUACUACCCGUCAACGAAUUAAAUUCAGUGAUGACAGAGUGUGCAAAAGUCAUCUUCUCAACUGUUGCCCUCAUGAUGUCCUCUCAGGAACAAGGAUGGAUCUUGGAGAAUGUCUAAAGGUGCAUGAUUUGGCAUUAAGAGCAGAUUAUGAAAUUGCAUCAAAAGAACAAGACUUUUUCUUUGAGCUUGAUGCAAUGGAUCAUCUACAGUCAUUCAUUGCUGACUGUGAUAGGAGAACUGAAGUGGCAAAGAAAAGACUGGCUGAAACUCAAGAAGAGAUCAGUGCUGAAGUUGCAGCCAAAGCUGAAAGAGUCCAUGAAUUAAAUGAGGAAAUUGGAAAACUGCUUGCUAAAGUUGAACAACUUGGAGCUGAUGGAAAUGUGGAAGAGUCUCAGAAAGUAAUGGAUGAAGUAGAGAAAGCAAGGGCAAAGAAAAGAGAAGCAGAGGAAGUGUACAGGAAUUCUAUGCCUGCUUCCAGUUUCCAGCAACAAAAGCUACGGGUCUGUGAAGUGUGCUCAGCCUAUCUUGGCCUACAUGACAAUGACAGGCGGCUUGCUGAUCAUUUUGGAGGAAAAUUGCACUUGGGUUUUAUUGAAAUAAGAGAAAAGCUUGAAGAACUAAGGAGAAUUGUGGCUGACAAACAGGAGAAACGAAAUCAGGAACGUCUAAAACGGAGAGAAGAAAGGGAGAAAGAAGAAAGAGAGAAGUUAAGAAGAUCUCGUUCCCAUAGCAAGAACCCCAAAAGCUGGAACAUAGAGAUUGACACCUCAUCAGAUUUCAGGGAGCCCAUAAGCAGAUCUAGAUCCCGUGAUCGCCGUAGACAUCGAUCUCGGUCAUCCUCACGUGAACGAAAGAAAAGAACCCGUUCCAGGUCCCGUGAAAAGCGACAUCGUCAUAGAUCUCGCUCUACUAGUCGCAGCCGGAGCCGCAGUCACCAGAGGAGCAGGCAUAGCUCCAGAGACAGAAGCAGAGAACGCAGUUCCAAAAAAAGAUCGUCAAAAGAAAGAUCUUCCAGAGAUCAAGAACGAACCAGAGAUCGUAACAGAACAUCACGUGACAAAGAAAGUUGCCCCAGAGAAAAAUCACCAAGAGAUCGAAACUGCAAAGAAAGGAAGCGUUCUUAUGAAAGUGCAAAUGGUCGAUCAGAAGACAGGAGGAGCUCAGAGGAGCGUGAAGCAGGAGAAAUAUAACUGGCUGUACAUUCACUUGAUCCUUUAGCUUCCUAUGAAGUUGCAUACUGUGGUUUAGUUUACAGUUAUUAAAAGGGACACCAGUGAGCAAUUCCACAUGCUUAUCCAACUAGGAUAGAUGUACAGUGUAUAAAAAUGGUUAUAAUGAAGUCUGAAUUGAUCCCUUUCCAUUGAUGAUAACUCAAUUGAUAAUAAGUAAAGCAGUUUCCUUUUUUCUUCUCCAGUAAACUUAUAAGACAUAUUUUCAAAGAUCUAUCUUCGAGACACCAGUUUUAUGUACCAACAUAAUAGAUCUCAAUGUUUUAUUCUCCUUUUCAAUACAGGUUAUAGUGAACAAAACUAUAUUGUGCUUUUUGCUUUGGAUGCUUUCAGACCUUUAUAAGCUCUUCUAAUUUUAUUCCUGUCAAACAGCAGCACUGAGUCAUUUUUAAAGAGGUUGAGUGGGUUCCAGGCUUUUAUUAACACCAUAAUAAGAUUGUGUUCUCAGUUCCUUCCUGAGAACUAAACAUGUUUGGCAAUAUUUAGGUUGGGGACAUGUGCUAAAGAAAAUGGCAACUUUUAAAUUUUAUUUUAUCUUUACAGCGCCUCUUUAGACUUGGAAGACAAACAGCUGUUGCAUUUCACUCUUUUAAAAUUUCUUUUGAAACUUUGAAAUCAAAGCCAGUCCCAUAUCUUUGUACCAUUGAUUGGUCUGUGUUCGGUAUAUUCGUUUUUUCUUUCAUAAUGAUUUUUCUGUUUUUUCUUGUGGUGUGUUAACUGCACAUCCUUAAUUGUAAACAACAAACAAUAAUAAAAUAAGCAAAAAAAUAACAGUUUUGUCCAGUGAAAUAGCUGUGUGUUCCCACUCCCUCUUAACAACUAAAGUGCAUGCUUCUAACAUUGAUGUUUUUUAUUAAUUAAAUCUGGAAAUUUA